AUGAACCUUAUAUGUAAAUUAGAAAAUGGUAUACAAUUAAUUUCUGUAGAUCCAUUGUCGUUGGAAUUUACAGGAUCUAAAAGUCUUCAAAUGCGAAAUCCUGAUAGUGAUAAAACUGUUGCCCUUACAGUAGAACGAAUAGGAUGUGGAAAAUAUAUUAUACGAGUAGCAGCUAUAUUAGUAAAUGCCUUACCUUUUCCUGUUCAAGUAUGUGAUGAAUCCAAUACAUUAGUUCUUGGACAGACAAAUGGUGUGGGUCUUUUACCUGGUGAACGAUUACCGGUUAUAUUUCCAGUCAUUCAACAACUUCUUCCUCGUCCAGAUACAACAGCU